UUCGCUGACUUAUUAGCCACCUUAGCCUCAUGGGUCUAGUGCAAACCUGAACAUGGUUGAUUGACUAAAUUUGUGGUAAGAGGGAAGCUGCACACAUUUAUAACUUUAACAUUACGAUGCUUUAUCUUUGUACAAAUAAAUAGAAAUGUAGCUACAUGAAUGAGUGUUUAAGAGUCUACAGUCUGUAACUUUCAUCAUGGCGGACACAGAUAGCACACAACAUUAUUUGAAUGGCCUGAAUCCAGCCUUUGUUAUACCACUUGGCCUGAUAAGAUCAAACUCUCUCUCUCUCACACACACACACACACACAUCCAUUCAUUAAUGACUGUCAGGAGUAAGAGAAAGGGUUUCUUAUGAUAGGGGGUGUAGGAUUUACUGAAAUUGUGUUAGAAAGAGAAACAGAGAGAGAGAGAGAGAGAGAGAGAGAGAGAGAUGUUAAUUGAUUCAAGCACAUGUCUCAGGUAGCGAGUUCCCACACAAGCUGGAUGUGGCUAAGAGCUGUCUCAUAUUAGACCAUGAGAGAGUAGCUUUGAGGUGGCGGACAGUCAGAAGAGAUGGAUGUACAAAACAGACAACGAUGCAUACGCAUUCCACUGAAAGAGGCAGAAAAAUAUCACCGGUUGACCCUCUGCUGUCGUCAUCUCUACAAUGAGAUUAUGCAAAAGGAGACAAGUCCAAUCUGUGCUGCUGACAUUAUCACUGAACUGAAGAAGAAGUUUGCCUUCCUGUCAGGUGGCAGAGGGCAGGAUGGCAGUCCUAUCAUUAUCUUCCCAGAAUUCACAUCAUUUGGUGAGAUCAGUGAUCAAGAGUUUCACAAUGUUCUCACCUAUCUCACAAGUGUUCCCAGUUUGAGUGCAGCAGGGGUGGGCUUCAUCUUAGUGAUUGACAGGCGCCAGGAUCGCUGGACAUGUGUGAAAGGGACAUUACUCCGUAUCUCGAGUGGCUUCCCAGGAAACCUACGGCUGGUCCUGGUGCUGCGGCCCCACACACUCCUCCAGCGCACUCUUUCAGACAUUUUCUUCAAAUUCCAUGGAGACGAUUUCAAGAUGAAAGUGCCGGUUAUCAUGCUGAGCUCAGUGGCUGAGUUACAUUCGUAUAUAGAGCGAAGUCAGCUGACCCAAGAACUAGGUGGCACUCAGCAAUAUUGCCAUAACACCUGGAUCUCCCACCGCACAGACAUAGAAGGCUUUGCUGUCUUAGUAAAGAGGAUGACACAAAAACUGCAGGUGUUUGGUAGGGAGCUGGCAGAGACUGAGCUACCAGACACCACUCUAGCAACCAGCAAUCUGCUCAAAACACACAGCAGCAAGAAAGAUAGCAUGAAGGAGGAGCUGGCGGGAGCUCUGGGACAAGGGCGUAAGAUCUUGGGGAACAUCCGUGAACCGGUGCGCAGGGACCCAGACGGCACUCUGAACCCAGACCAGCUGGAGAACUUGGCCACUGUGCAUAGGCUAUUGUCUCAGUUAAAUGAGAGUUCGACAGCAUUUGAUGAUUUCUGGCUACAGCAUCAGAAUAAGCUGGAACAGUGCUUGCAACUCUGCCAAUUUGAGCACAACUUUCAGGAGGUCACAGCAGAGCUGAAGCUAGUGACUGAUAGACUGGCUGCUUUCUCACAUGUAGGAAUAAGCCAAACCUACACAGAACAUCUUCUCAUAGAACUGACUAACCAGGAAGACAAAUCCUUUGAACUUCUGGACAGGAUGGAAGCACUGAUUAUUGAAGGCCAACGUUUCACUGACAGCUGUGAAAAUAGUAAUGAUAAUGUCAAGAUGAAGUGUGCUGACCUGCAAAAUGCCAAAGAGAAUCUCUUACAGAAGCUCAAAACCAAGAGAUGUCUGCUGCUACAGGCCAUCGAGCUCCAUCAGAAAUUGCAGAGUGUGUGUAAAUGGUCUGAUGAUGGUAUUUAUAUACUGGCAUCUCAGCAGCUUGACAAGUGUCAGUCACAGGAGGGGGCGGAGUCUGCACUGCAGGAGCUGGAGGGCUACAUGGAGACAGGCAAUGAGCUACAGCAGUGGGAUGUAUGUGUGUUCUGCAGAGAGUAUGAAAGUGUGUUAAGCAAAGAGCUGAAGGAACAAGUAGAGCGAGUGUUUGAAAAAAGGGUUUUGCUACAGGAGAUGUUUGAGAAACGGAGGGUCAGUCUAAAGAAGCUAGCAGCCAAACAGACACGCCCAGUCCAGCCUGUGGCCCCUACGCCUGAAGCCAUUAAAUCGCCUCCUUCCUCACCAGAUCUUAGAGACUGUGGGAAGAGCCAUGCUAGUAUAGACCCCCACAGUGACUUUAAUGAAGUGUCUUCUGAGCAAAAUACUGGAGGCAGCCGUACUGUCUCAGUGUCGGACGAGGAGGAAAACCUGGCUGUACUCCGCAGGCAUGUAAUGAAUGAGCUGCUGGAAACAGAAAGAGCAUAUGUAGAAGAACUUCUGUGUGUUCUACAGGGCUAUGCUGCUGAGAUGGACAACCCUGCCAUGGCUUCCAUCAUUCCUGCUGCCCUGCAGAACAAAAAGAAUGUGCUGUUCGGUAACAUGCAGGAGAUCUACUUCUUCCACAAAACGAUAUUUCUGAGAGAGUUGGAAACUUACACUGAUCACCCUGAACUUGUGGGCCGCUGUUUUCUUGAGAGGAUGGGAGACCUGCAGAUUUAUGAGAAAUACUGCCAUAAUAAACCUCGAUCUGAGAGCCUGUGGAGACAGUGCUCAGAUUGUGCAUUCUUUCAGGAAUGUCAGAAGAAACUGGAACACAAACUAGGGUUGGACUCUUACCUACUGAAGCCUGUUCAGAGAAUUACUAAAUACCAACUCCUACUGAAGGAGCUGAUUAAGUACAGUAAAGGCUGUGAGGGUGUUGUGGAGCUACAGGCAGCUCUCUCAUCUUUACUGGGCAUCCUGAAGGCAGUCAAUGAUUCAAUGCACCUUAUUGCAAUCAACGGAUAUGAGGGUAACCUUGGCGACCUGGGCCGGCUGCUGAUGCAGGGUUCAUUCAGUGUGUGGGCAGAACAUAAGCGUGGCCAUGUGAAGAUGAUGGAUCUGGCACGUUUCAAACCCAUGCAGAGACAUCUGUUCUUACAUGAGAAAGCUCUGCUCUUCUGUAAGAAACGUGAAGAAAAUGGCGAAGGAUAUGAAAAAGCACCAUCCUACAGCUUCAAACAGGAGCUGAGUAUGAGUGCCAUUGGAAUCACUGAACAUGCCAAAGGAGACAAUAAAAAGUUUGAGAUCUGGUUGAACUCCAGAGAUGAAGUAUACACGGUGCAGGCGGCAUCGGAAGAGAUUAAGACUAUCUGGGUGAGAGAAAUCCGGAAACUUCUGACAGGACAGCUGGAGGCCUGCAGGGAAGCUAGCCAGCAGAAGACUACUUCUCAAUUAAAUGCAGAGGACAAUUCACUUGAAAGACCAGUGAGAGAUGGACUGAGUAAUAUGAACGGAGAAGUCGAGAAACAGAGGACAGAAGAGGAAGGAGACAAUGAACCUAGCAGCCCAGGUCACAAGAAACCAGAGAGAGCAAUGAGUUCAUUCUCUGGCUCCGACACCAAGCCCAAGCGACAGGAUGUCAAAAGUGACCCAACACCUUUAGAAACAGGGUCACACCCCCAUUUAAGUGGAGUCAAGUGGUUAAGUACAUCGAGCCUGUUUCAGAAUCGUAGGAAAGGAUGGAUUAAAGGCUCUGUUUCAUUGGAUCCCUCUGAAGAACAUGUUGGGUAUUUCAUCCAUGAAGAUCAGGUGACCUCUGAGCCAGCAGAGGAACAAGAAAAUAAACUUGACUGUGAAUGCGUGAGUGCUACAGGUGAAGAACCCAAAGCAACAGAAUCAUAGGAUGGACAACCAUAAAAAGAUUGAAAUGGUUCCAAGAGCCUCUGUCCUGCAGAAAAAGGGACCAGACUACUUCUAGAAAAUCACCUGCUGUUCUACAAGUUCUCCUCCUUCAUACAAUAUAGCACAAAAUGUCAAACACUUCCAUGUGUCACAAUGUUCCUAGCCCUUUAAAGAAAGUGAACUUCCAGUGUGCAGGUGUUAUGGUGGUUAAGUCUAACACUCCUUACAUUAAGCAAAUGUCAACUUUGUUUUUACAUGAGUACAGCCUUAACUUCCAUGUAUUAUUAGCAUAUUAUAUAUGCAAAUAUUAUUUUAUGGCUGUGCCUGUGCUUUCCCUUAUGUAAAGUCUGUUUGUCUAUCUACAGUAAUAGAAUUCUGUUCGUGUAUAUGUAUAUAUAAAAUAAAACUGAAUCUUCAACAGACUUUUUAGUACCCUGAAAAAUUCAGAGUGGUUUGUACUGUUACUCAGGGACGUUCCAUAGUGCUUAACUCUAAAUUACUCACUCCUUGCU